ACCGCAUGACGAUGUGCCAUGAUUGGAAGCAAGUUGCAGUGGCUUCGAUUGUCCUUGUGAUGGUAGAAGCAGGAAUAAUGUGCCCGAGAGGAUCGUUCUGGGACGGUUCUGCAUGUACGUUGUGCCCAGCUGGUAUGUUUGGGGCCACGCGUGGCCUUAUAUCACCCUUGUGUUCUGGUCCAUGCAGCGGGGGAUACUUUUGCCCAGUAAAGCGAAAAAAGCUAGGUAUUAUCUUCGUUCUUGACCUCGUUUCCACAUAGGUAGGGUCAACGUCACCCGUCCAACAGCAGUGCGGGUCCCCAAACUACUAUUGUCCCCCCGGUACCCCCCUACGACGCACCGUGGCUACUGGGUAUUUCACCGUCAAAAGUACCGACGGAAAUGGUUUGGACGACUUCUUGAUGUCGGAGCCGUAUACAUCGUCGGCCCAAGUCCAAUGUGAAGUCGGUCAUUACUGUAUCAGCGGCAUCCAAUACCAAUGUCCACCUGGAACGUUUGGUCAAACUCGAGGGCUCAUAUCAAAGCAGUGUUCUGGAUUAUGUCCUCCAGGUACCUACUGCCCCCUAGCGUCGCCAACACCGGUACCUUGCCCCCCAGGGUUUUAUGGGGCAACUUCGGGUCUUCAAACUUCACUUUGUUCUGGCGUUUGCCCCAAAGCCAAUUAUUGUUUGCUGUCAACGGUGACCCCCGAGCCAUGUCCAGCUGGAUUGUUUGGCAAUUCGACUGGCUUGGUUUCAAAGCAAUGUUCCACCACUUGCACUGCGGCAUCAUGCAUUCCACCGUAUUGUCGUGCCGGAUAUUAUUGCCCCCUCGGUACCCUUACUCCCCUCGAAUGCGGGGGUAUUGAAGUGUAUUGCCCCGAAGGCUCGUCGAUUCCAACGACAGUAUCCCCCGGUUACUACACUAUAUCCACUCCAACGUUGAAUACUGUGGACGGUCCUACCUAUAUUACAGGCCAAACACAGGCCCUUACUGCGGCCACCAUUCGUGUGAACCAGCAAAUCUGUGAGCGGGGAAUGUAUUGCACACAAGGACAAAAGAGAAAGUGUUCGUCAGGAACUUACGGCGCCACGGAAGGCCUCACUACAGCUUUGUGCACUGGAACGUGCCCUGUGGGCUACUACUGCCCUGAAGGCUCGUCCGACUACAGUCACUUUGCUUGUCUCGAUCCCUCCGUCUUUUGCCCACCAGGCUCGUCCACCCCCGUGCUCGUUAGCUCUGGGUACUUCUCCCUACUUGGUGUCGAUGGUCGCCUCCGAAUUGGGCAACAAAUCUGCCCCGCAGGGUCGUACUGUGUGCGGGGCGUAGCGCACUUGUGCCCCCUUGGAACAUUCGGCUCGUCAACAGGCCUCAAUUCGACAAUGUGUUCUGGACGUUGCGCCCCUGGAUCCGUGUGCCCACGGGGUUCAACAUCUAAUCAACAGCAGCCUUGUCCCGCAGGAACGUACACUACCAACGGUCAAGCAUGUGCGCAGUGUUUGCCUGGAUUUUGGUGUGGCCAGGGGUCGUCCACUCCCACGCAAAACGAAUGUGGUGGCACUGAUGUAUACUGUCCCCUGGGAUCGGCUGGUCCAUCCUCUGUGCAACUUGGAUAUUACGGCGCAAACCCGAACUCCAAUCUUAACCGCGACUUUACCACUCAAGUCCAAUGCCCAAUCGCCAACACUGCUUUGAUUCCACAAUGCCCAUCCAUCACGAUUGGCCCCAACAAUUCGUUGUAGAUGGGUUAAGCUGUGUGAAUUGCCUAACUUUUCGUUGCUUUGUCUACCGAAUGGUGCUGUAACCGUUUAUAACCACUAG